AUGGGAAAAGCAGCCAAUCGAAGCUGCGCAAGGCCGCCAGGCCGUUCGAAGCCCUCAAAGCCCCAAGCGCUGAAGAAGACCCUGGUCAAGCUUGCGCGAGCGCAGAAGCGCAGAGCGGUCAAGAAGCCGCACGUGGUAAGUGAGGGCAAAGGCCUGGUCAAAGGCUUGGUGUUAGGUCAGGCCCCGCCGGGCCCACGGAAAUCUUUGCCAAGGGCUUGGCGGCCUUUGGCUGGACCUGCAGAACAGAGAUUAGCGCGCCUUGCCAAGCUUUCUGUCGCAGAAUUUUGGCAGCACUACGACCGUGCAAACUUGCUAUCCUGGUAUCCUGGAUUGAAGACAAGGUCUGAAAGACAUGAUGUGUCAAAGGGCUACAAGCUGCACACCUCGGAUGGGGACGUCUUCCCUAUGGACCAAGCCAAGAUGGCAGCUGCAAAGCUUGAGCUGGCAAAAUAUCGCUCUGUUCUUCUUUUGGGGACCUCUGUUGCACGCGCAUUUGGAGUCUCGAAGCCUUUGCUGCACACCGAGACAAGGGGCCAGACACGGCUGUUGGUGUUUCCACAUCCAUCUGGUGUUUCCCACUACUGGAAUGAUCCCAAAAACACGCAGAAGGCAGCUAAGGCACUCAGGCGGGAACUCAGAGCUAUGCGACGAUGA